GGUGUAAAUAAUAAUCAGAGUUUGUUGUUUAAAUGUAUAUAUUGAUUUGAGAUAGAAAAAGAUGAAAAUACCUAAAAAAAAUAUGUUAACUAAACAAUUACAUGCUAGUUUUCCAACUGAGAAUAUUUCAAUUUUAUGUCAGGCGGUGCUGCCCAGCCCCCAUAUCUUGGAAAUUGGUUCUAGUAUUUAUUACUAAAUCUUUCCUUAGAUUAAAUAACAUCAAGGCAGUCAUUUCUCCUGACACAGGGGCUAGUUGGUUCCAAGUUUAAAAGGUUGUGUGGUUUAUAACUGCAGCGUACACAAUCUAUAUUUUUACAGAUGUUUAUAUCUAAAAUCAAUGGCGUUUGUGACAAUUUGAGGUAAAGGGCCACUAAGUAAUUUUGCUAAGAAAGUAAAUGGCCAAGAAACCGAGAAUUAUGUAUCAUUACAUCCAUACCUAAACAACAGUUUGGUCACAAAUGAUCCGGGCUACAUGAUUCAGGGUCUUAUCGCAGUUUACUUUAUAUUGUGCAAUCAUGCAUUGAAAAUCAGAAAUUGCAUUUGUUAUCAAUACUGUUGUUUUUUUCAGAUUGACCUUGAAGCCAUCCUCGUGAUUAAGGAUGAAGAUCUGAAAUCAUACCUCCCGGCAUAUGGCGAUAGAGUUGCACUGAUGGCAUUUGCCAGGGUAUUAAAAAAGCAAGAGGACAAUGCUAAGUCAGGCUCUGGGACAGUAUCAGGACUUGGUGCAUCAAGAAAUCUUAGAAUGCGCGGAGCUCUACCAGGCAACAGGUAUGCACAACGGAAGAAGAAGCGGAUUGAUAUAGGGUGGCUAAAUUGUACCCCUUACGGUUGUUACCGACAAGUCCGGUCGCCUAGUGGUGGUGGUACACGGACACUUUACCUGGAUAAAGACUGUUCGAUGGCCGAUGUAAAAACUAUCGCUGUAAACCAAUUUUUUCCUGGGGGGAAAUCAAAACUUGGACACGUGGCAGAGUUUGACAUAGAAUUAUGUGACUUUAAAGGGGAUCAUUUAGAACCAACCUCAACAUUAGAAUACAUAUACAAAUCCACUAAUUUGAAAAUAGUCAAGGUGCAUUUAUACACAAAAAAGAACGAAACAAAUAUUUCAUCUGUUGCCUCAGCUACUACGCAGAUUGGAACACAAAGGUCAACUGAUGUCCAAACUACUACGCAGAUUGGAACACAAAGGUCAACUGAUGUCCAAGCAACUGCGCAGAUUGGAACACAAAGUUCAACUGAUGUCCAACCCACUGCGCAGAUUGGAACACAAAGGUCAACUGAUGUCCAAGCUACUGCGCAAAUUGGAACACAAAGGUCAACUGAUGUCCAAGCUUCUGCGCAAAUUGGAACACAAAGGUCAACUGAUGUCCAAGCUACUGCGCAGAUUGGAACACAAAGGUCAACUGAUGUCCAACCCACUGCGCAGAUUGGAACACAUACGCCAGCUGAUGCCAGUACUACAACACUUCAGCCGGAUCCUGGAAGCCCAGAUCUCGAGGUUACUUUUCAUCCACGGCAUAUCAGCCGGUUGUCGAAAACACGUGCUGCUGUCCAACCAAGUUUAAGUAUAUGUUCUUGGAGAGGAAGGUUAUCAACGGCAGAAAUAAAUCUGAUUGAUAGCAGCGAUGACGAAGACAUUCAAACAGCGAUUGAGGCCAGUCUCAACGAAAAUGUUGGAGUUUCAAGAACUACAUCCGAUUCAGAAGA